UGCACUGAUAACCUGAGAGUCUCUCACUCUCUGUAAAUCAGUGUGCAGCCAGUUGCCGAGACUGUCAUUAGAUCUCUUGCUACACACAGUAUGGCGUUUCUUGGGUUUGUGAUGCUACUGUGCAUCUUAGGAGCUCAAGCUACGAUGGACCUUCAAAAUGCUGCUGCCAUGGCUGCAGGACUUUGUAAGGCCAAGCCUACUGACCUGGUGUUCAUCAUCGACAGCUCUCGGAGUGUGCGGCCAGCUGAGUUCGAACAGGUCAAGGUGUUCCUCAACAAGAUAAUAGAGGGUCUGGAUGUGGGGCCUGAUGCCACACGUGUGGGUGUUGUGAACUAUGCCAGCAAAGUAAAGAAUGAGGUGUCUCUGAAGUCCUACAAGACAAAGCCUGCACUGAUCAAGGCUGUAUCAAAGAUCGAGCCACUCUCCUCUGGCACCAUGACUGGCUUGGCCAUCCACUUUGCAUUGAAUGUAGCCUUCAGUGCGACAGAGGGUGCACGUGUCAAAUCCUCUGAUAUCAGCAAGGUAGCAAUCAUUGUGACAGACGGGCGGCCACAGGACAAUGUGCAAGACAUUGCUGCAAAGGCACGGGAGUCAGGCAUUGAGAUAUAUGCCAUUGGUGUGGGCCGAGUGGACACGAACACACUGAAGCAGAUAGCCAGUGAGCCUCUGGAUGAGCACACAGAUUAUGUGGAGAGCUAUGGCUUAAUCGAAAAGCUCACCCAGAAGUUUAAGGAAGCCUUUUGUGUGUCUGACUUGUGCGCAACAGGUGAUCAUGACUGUGAGCACAUUUGUGUCAGCAUACCUGGAUCGUUCAAGUGUGCCUGCCGGGAGGGCUACACACUCAAGGAAGAUGGCCGUUCCUGCAGUGAUUGCAUUGAUGCUGCCACAGAUGUGGUCUUCCUGAUCGAUGGAUCAAAAAGUGUAAGGCCAGAGAACUUUGAGCUGGUGAAGAAGUGGAUCAACCUGAUUGUUGACAAGCUGGAUGUGACAGAAAGAAAUACCCAUGUCGGUCUUGUGCAGUACUCUAGCACUGUCAAGACGGAGUUUCCUCUAGGAAAGUAUAACAACAAGAAAGACAUCAAAGAGGCUGUGAGGAAGAUGCCCUACAUGGAGCGAGGAACCAUGACUGGCCUGGCUCUCACUUAUGUGGUGGAAAAAGGUUUCAGCGUUGAACAGGGUGCCAGGCCUUUAGCUGCCAAAGUGGCCAUUGUCUUCACUGAUGGCAGGUCACAAGACUUCAUUGGAGAUGCGGCACAGAAGACUAAGGACAAGGGCAUCAGGGUCCUUGCUGUAGGAGUCGGAAGUGCAGUUGAGGAGGAGUUGAAGGAAAUCGCCUCUGCUCCUGCAAAUUAUUUCUAUUCUGCUGACUUUAAAGCCAUAAAUGAGAUUGGAAAAAAAUUGCAAAUUACCACUUGUCCAGAUGAGGAUCCCUGUGAAUGUCAGUCUCUUAUGAAGUUCCAGAAAAAAGUGGACGAUGCUCUCCAGGCAUUAUCAAAGAAAUUAGAGGCAAUAACAAAGAGGAUUGCUGCUCUGGAGAAAAAAAUUGUGUGAGAGAUGCACACUCUACUCCCUGUCAAAGCCUCAUCUCACUCUCAUUUUCACUCACUACUUCUGAGACACCUCUUGUGAAAUCUGACUUCUGUUCCUGCCUUUUGCUUCGGUUUUCUCACUACAUCUGCUUUAAAUCACUAAAUUUCCCAGGGCUGAAGCACUGAUCAUCAUGGUGUUUUUAUUUAUACAUGAUUCUUCACUACAGUGAAGAGAUGUGUGCAUGUUAAAUACAGAUACUGAUGGACGCAUUAUAUUAUCCUUAAAAAUUAUUAUAGAAAAUGCACAUCAACAAGUGCUCUUGUACCAUCAGCUCAUCCCUGUAAUGAAAUAUACUUUGCAGUUUAAAGGCCCCUACCGUCUCUUAGCAGAUUCACUCUUUUAACACAAGCUCUAUUUUUGUUAUUUUAUCUGUCACUCAUUCUUCUAUAUGUCAGGGAAUGUUCUUCUUUCAUUUCAAAUUAUGCCCAAAAAGAAAGAUAUACUGGAUUUUAUAUGGUAUAUAUAUAUAUAUAUAUGUAUAAAAUAUUAAUUUAAUAUAAAGUUUGACUUGAAAUGCAUAUAUGGAUGCUUGUUUCCUUUCUGAAAAAACAAACAAGCAAAAAAAACAACAAAACAACAGGAGAUAUAUUACACUUGUACACACACAACACCCCUCACUUAAACCUAAGCAUACAUACAAACAUACUAGACAAGCAUUUAGAAAUCAACAUGCUUGUUAUAAUUGAAUAAAAAUCAGUUGUGUCUGUC